AUGGCGACAAACUUUGACAUGAACAACAUGACCGUUGAACAACUUAUGGCACUUAGUGAGAUAGUUGAUGACAGCGACAUUAGUGAUUUCGAAGAUGAAGUGGAGAAGAUAACGAAGGAUGAAUUCUAUCGAGUUGCACCUAAGGAUAAGGGUAAAGAUCCCUUUGAAGGAGAAAGACAGUUCAUAGAUGAAGGAGAUCGUUCUACUGACCCAAGAAGAGCACGAAGACGACCAUUGAAUGAGAAGGGUGAGAGAGGAAUUAUGCCGACGUGGAAAUAUUCCGAGAGACAGAAGGCAAAGGCUUUGCUGGUUGAGGAGGCAUAUCAAAGUCUACUCAGUCAGGGAGUUGAGGGUUUACCACCAACAAUGGGAGGUAGAUGGAGAACUGAUGAUCCUCAAGUUAAUGCAGAAAUGAAGAGGCUAGAGAAUAUUAGGAAUCCAAAACGUCCUAGAGGAAGACCACCAAAGGCUAAAUCUGAUGCCAAGGUUGCGAUCCCAAAGAAACGUGGAAGACCAGCAAAGGCUAAGGUUGACACCAAAGUAGUAAUUCCAAAGAAACGUGGAAGACCAGCAAAGGUUAAGUCUGAGGCUGAGGUUGCGACCCCAAAGAAACGUGGAAGACCACCAAAGGUCAAAAGGCAAAGUGUCGCGGAGAGGUUUAUGAGUCAGAAUAAAAUAAAACUAUCGAUUCCUGCAGAUAGCGUAAUAACUCAGGUGGGACCUAAUAAGUACACGGUGACUGUGGAUCUAAGCAAGAGACCAACAAGGAAAGCUCCUGAGGUGCCGAAAGGUGUAGCUCCAUGGAGGCCUGUUCCUAAGCCAAGGACAGUGUUCCCUAAAGAAAGACCUGUUCCUAAGCCAAGGACAGUGUUCCCUAAAGAAAGACCUGUUCCUAAGCCUAGAACUAAAAAGCCAGUGCCUCCUCCAAAGUUAAGAAAGCCUGUGAAGGUAAUGAAGGAAGUUGAGGAACAGCCUGCUGUGGUCACACCAAAGGAACAUGAGAUUGAUCCAUUUGGAACGUAUCUUGAGAAGCCUUCUUAUAGAAAGAUAGAAACUGCCGCAAAUGGUGCAGCGGUGACUUACUCAAUAACUCCAAACUUUAUGGAUCCCUUGGACCAGAUGACAGCGAGUAGGCAGGUUGUGAGGGGAAUUCUAGUUAACGAGUUGAAGAGAAUGGGAGGUCUAAAAUAUACGGAGACAAUUAAGGUGAGAAUGUCCAAGGAAAUCGGAAAUGAUAAAACAAAGAAGGAUUCAGUGUACUUUAAGUCAAAAACUGGAACUGCAACUAACUUUGAGGAUAUUGAAAGCACUGCAGCUCAGAACCAACUGACUAUCUUAUCCAGAAUUGAAACUUUCCAGAACUUAGGUUCAAACUGGAUUAUUCUGAACAUUGAAAGCCACUACGUUAAUAUUGCGAUGUACAAACCUCUCAAGGGUAGUUCAUAUAUGAAAUUACCCGCAGACAUUAGUAAUCCAAAAUGCGGCUUAAUUAAUAUGCAAAACAUGGAUGAGAAAUGCUUUAUGUGGAGUCAUGUGAGACAUUUGAGGCCAAAGGCUAGGAGGGCAACUACCAUAACAAAGCAAGAUAGGGAGUUCGCGGAGAACUUAGACUAUGAGGGUAUUGACUUCCCUGUAAAGAUAAGCGAUAUUGAUAAAAUUGAGAGAAAGAACUCAAUAAGCAUAUCAGUGUUCGGUUAUAAGGGCAAAAAGCAGUUCUACCCAAUUAGGAACUCAAAGACUAAAUAUGAUGAACAUAUGGAGUUGCUGCUGUUAGGUGACAACAACGGUGGUAAUCACUAUGUCCUAAUAAAGGAUGUAAAUAGAAUGCUCUUCAGUGUCAGCGGUAACUCAAACAAGAAGCACUUCUGCUUAUAUUGCCUUCAUAGUUGCACUAGUGAGGAAUCACUAAAGAAACAUGUUGAAACAUGUAUAAGUGUAAACGGAACUCAAGCCACUAAGCUUCCCAAUGCUGGUUCAAAAAUAAAGUUCGGUCAUUAUAGAAAUUCAAUGCCUGCUCCAUUUGUAAUCUAUGCUGACUUUGAAUCUAUACUCGUUCCUGAAGAAAGAAAAGUGGAAUCUGAGGGCACUGAGGAGAAAAGUACAACAGAGCUUUACCAGACACAUAAAGCUUGUAGUUUUGGGUUGAAGACAGUGUGUCACUAUGAUGAUCAGUACUCAGGUGAAUAUACGAGCUAUGUUGGUGCAGACGCUACAGAGGUUUUCUUAAAGACAGUUCUGAAGGAAUCUAUCAGAUGCCGGGAAAUGGUGAACAAGAUCUUCAAGAAAAAGAUGGUAAUUACUCCAGAACAAGAAGCCGAGUUCUGGAUGACAAGAAACUGCUCCAUCUGUGGUAAUGACUUGGGAGAUGACAGAGUGAGAGACCACGAUCAUGUAACUGGACUGUUCCGUGGAGCUGCUCAUAAUAUGUGUAAUUUGAAAUAUAGAAUUACAUGGAAACUUCCAGUGGUCUUCCAUAAUCUAAGAGGUUAUGAUAGUCAUUUAAUAAUGCAGGAGAUUGGCAAGUUUAAGAUGAACAUUAACGUUGUCCAAAUAACAUGGAGAAAUACAUUUCCUUCUCGUUAGGUAAAAGUCUUGUGUUUAUUGAUUCAAUUCAAUUCAUGGCUUCUUCUCUAGAGGCACUUGUGAAUAACCUUUCACCUGAAGACUUCAAGAUAGUCGGUAAGAGGUGGCAAGGAGAGGACUUCGAUCUUGUAAGACAGAAAGGAAUAUUUCCCUAUGAAUACUUAGAUGACAUCAGCAAACUAGACUCUGAGGGGCUUCCAAGUAAAGACAAGUUCUAUUCAUCUCUGUAUGAAUCUGAAGUGAAAGAUGAAGAUUACGAAAGAGCUCAAAAAGUUUGGGAUCACUUUGGAAUGAAAACAAUGAGAGACUACCAUGAUCUUUAUCUUGAGACUGACGUUCUUCUGCUAGCGGAUGUCUUUGAGAAUUUCAGGAAGACCUGCCUGGAGAAUUACAAGCUUGACCCUGCUCAUUACAUCUCAGCACCCAGUCUAAGUUGGGACGCGUUCUUAAAACAGUCAGGUGAGGAAAUAGAAUUGGUAAGUGAUAUGGACAUGUUCCAGUUCUUUGAGAAGGGAAUGAGAGGUGGGGUAAGUCAUAUUGCUCAUAGACACUCCACGGCGAAUAAUAAGUACAUGGAAACGUAUGACGAAGAGGCUGAAAACAAGUUCCUUAUGUACCUCGACGCGAACAAUUUAUAUGGCUGGGCGAUGUCUCAACCUCUUCCAAAUGGUGAGUUUGAGUGGAUCGAGGAAGUUGACAAAAUAAAUAUUGAUGACUAUUUGGGAGACAGUGGAAGAGGAAUGGUUCUUGAAGUUGAUAUGGAAUAUCCUGCAGAACUUCAUGAUGAACAUAAUGGAUAUCCUCUAGCUCCAGAAAGUAAGGAAAUUGAUGUGUCAAUGUUAUCAGACUAUGCAAAGGAUAUUGCUGUUAAAUUCCAGCUGAAGAUUGGAGGUGUAAGAAAAUUAGUGAACUCCUUAGGUCCCAGGAAGAAUUACGUUCUACAUGUUAGGAAUCUGAAACUGUAUAUGGAACUCGGAAUGAAACUUACGAAAAUCCACAGAGCUGUCUCCUUCAAGCAGUCAACUUGGCUGAAACAGUACAUUGACUUUAAUACUCAAAAACGAUCAGCUGCUAAGAAUGCGUUUGAGAAGAACUUCUUCAAGCUCAUGAAUAAUUCCAUUUAUGGAAAGACUAUGGAGAACCUAAGGAAAAGAGUUGAUGUGAAGCUGGUGUCGUCGGAAAACGAUCUCCUUAAACUGACAGCGUCUCCGUGCUUCCAGUCACAUAGGAUUAUGAAUGAGAGCCUGAUCGUGGUAAAGAGAAUGAAGGAAGUCCUGACUCUGAAUAAGCCGUGCUACGUGGGAAUGAGUAUCUUAGAUUUGUCUAAGACUCUAAUGUACGACUUCCAUUACAACACGAUCAAAAAGGAGUACGGUGACAAGUCGAAGCUCCUUUUCACAGACACUGACAGUCUAAUGUAUGAGAUCAAGACUGAUGACGUGUACGAGGACUUCAAGAGGAUCGGUGAAGAGAAAGAUUGUUGGGACAACUCAGAUUAUCCUAAAGAUUCUCCGUAUUACUCAGCUCAUAACAAGAAGGUAAUUGGAAAGUUUAAGGACGAAGCUGAGGGAGUGCCGGUGAUUGAAUUCGUAGGGUUAAGGUCAAAGAUGUACUCUUACGUGAAGGAGAGUGGUGGAGGUGGAAUGACAGCUAAAGGUGUGAAAAAGUACGUGAUCAGAAACAAACUCACUCACGAAAACUUUAAGAACGUGAUUAAGACCAAAGGUAGGAUGAGACAUAAGAUGAACACAAUCCGAAGCAUCAAGCAUAAGAUUGGAACCUACCAGCUAAAGAAAAUUACACUCAGCUGUUUCGAUGACAAAAGAUACCUACUUGAAGAUGGUGUUACAAGUUACGCGUACGGACACCACUCAAUAGGAGAUCUAAAGGCUGAGGUGGUGAUUGAAGAAAAAGUGGAACCGAGCUGUGUACUAGAAAGGGUUAAACCUCAGAGUGAAUACUACAAACUCGAGGAAGCAGUAGAAUUCUACGAAAGCCCCUUCUGGGAAGACUCAGCGUUAGUUGAAGAAAAACCUAUUCCUAGACCAGAAUAUAAAGUAGUGAUUCCACGAAGAAGAUCAAAGUUCAAAAAACUAUUACCGUUAAGGAUACUCGUAACUGAUGAGAAUCACCUAAGGAAAAACUACGACAUACUACCAAAAGACGAAAAGGAAACUCUGAAAGCAGUGCUGCAAGAGAAGCUCGAAUCGUUAGGUGUCGCUGUGGCUAUAACUUCUGGAAGUAAAAAGCUUACACAAAUUGGAUACUAGAGAAUUUAAUAGGAAUAAAAUAAAUUAUCUAAAAGCAAAAUAAAAGUGGUCUAGAAAAAUGAUAGUAAAAAAAGACCAGAUAAAAUGGUCUAGAAAAAUGAGGUAAAAAAGACCAGAAAAAAUGGUCUAGAAAAAUAUGAGCCCGCGUUGGUUGGGGAAAAAUAUGGAAACCGCUGACCGGAAGCUGGGUGAGAUCGCGGGCCGAAAAAGUGGUCUAGAACCCUCAUUCCCUAUACUACUAAACUGAACAGAUAUACAAUAAAGAAAUACAGUGUGCUUAUAAAUAUAAAAACACAGCUUUUUAUCUAUUUAAAACCAAUGUUCAGUCUCAAUUCACACUGUUAACCUUUUUGGCUCUGUCAGUAUUUAACAGCUGGGUGAUCACUGCCUUCACUUUGGUUUCAUCUACUUGUGUUCCCUGUAUCAGAGGUGGAAAAAGUAUGGGACCAUUGGUUCCAGAAAAUCUUGAGUUCUCAGAAAAUAUUUCCCCAAGAAAGAAAAAAAAGAUAGUUUAAUUUUUAAGUAAAAUUUAAGAAAUUCAGAAGAAAAAUUCUAAUCAAUAGAAAAAAUGUUACCUGUACUAUAGGUAUGACUUCAGAAAAGCAAUUAUUAGUGCAUCCAUCUUAAUAGUGCAAUAGUGUGUAAAUAUAUAGACUGUAGUAUAAUGUAACAACUAUUGUAUGGCAAAUACAUUUUUUAGCCAAUCUGGAACAGCUAAUUUUCACAAUUUUCUGGGGAGCAUGGAUCCCCCUGGUAGUGCUCCCCAGUACUGCCUUUUUUAGCAUCUUUAUUCACUGUAGGAUCAGACCCUUCAUCCACAAAAUAGAGAAAUGACAAUCUUUCAAAGUGUCCAAUAUUGAACUUUAAAAGGUCAUUGUAAGGCCAAGUAAAAAAAAACUUAUGUUUCUUGUCCGGAUUUCUGCCAAAAAGCAGGGAAGCGGGGCUUUUCUUUUUUUCUUAGCCAAAGUAAUAAGCUUUCAUACAAUUUAGUAAGAAAAAUACACGCAAUAUUAAAAACGUGAAUUAUAAAAGGCUUUUAAAGUAACUUUUUUAAUGUCUCGUAAAAUAAAUUUUGUUUAAAUGAAUAUGCAGCCAAGCACGGCGAAGCAUGACAAGCAUGCUGUGAGAAGCUGUGAGUUUGUGGCGAUUUGUCGCCAUUGAAUUUGGUCAGCAGAUAGGAUUUUGAAUGAGCUCGCAGUAGUUCCAGAUUAAUACUUCAUGUUAGCUUCAAGUUAUCAAAAACAAAGUUCAAAAACAUGAAGCAAAAUUUGUAG